AUUGCUAGUCUCCAGGAAGUAAAGACUGCGGAAUAACGGGAAGCUUCGCUGGAAGUUUCUUACAAACAAACAAAUAGGAAUGGACGAGUCGUUGCAGCUGGGAGACAACGGAUUCCCGAAAAAUGCUGCUAAAUCUGGCAGAAGAGCUCGCCAGACAGCCGACAUGAUGGGCACAGAAGAGUCGCGGCCUGGCCGCAAAGCUUCCUCCUCCGGGACCUCCACGACUGGAGAGGGACCCCCACCAAAGCCACCUCGCCGACAGGGAGGUUGGGCUGAGGAGACCACUGGAUCGGGUUCUGCCAAAUCUGGAAGAAGGCAAGGUGUUGAGGAGGUUGAGGACCGGCGGCUGAGACCACAGACCCCCGAGGGCUCUGAUGAUGAGAGCGACAUUCCUGUGAUUCCUGAUCUGGACGAGGUGCAAGAAGAAGACCUCACUAUGCAAGUGGCUGCACCUCCAAGCAUCCAGGUGAACAGAGUGAUGACCUACAGGGACCUGGAUAAUGAUCUUAUGAAGUACUCUGCAUUCCAAACUCUGGAUGGUGAAAUUGACCUGAAGCUUCUCACCAAGGUUUUAGCUCCAGAACAGGAGGUGAGAGAGGAGGAUGUUGGCUGGGACUGGGAUCAUCUAUUUACGGAGGUGUCGUCCGAGCUGCAGACGGAAUGGGAUCAAGGAGAGAGAGAAGAGCAGUCUCCUCUUCCUGUGGCCUGAGGAUAGAUGACUUUCAGUGAAAGGCCAGUGUCGUUCGUUACACUCUAGUGAGCUUCUUCUCGUGCCCAGCUGUGUGCAUGCCUGUGUUACACCUGUAUAUUUGGAUUCUUCUUAUUAUUGUUCAUAUUGAAUUUUCUACUUGAUGAAUUGUCCUUUUUGUGGCAUGUCUUGAAACUUUGAUACAACCUUCUCAUUAAAAGGCAGAAACCCUGAACUACUUUCUUCCUAAACUUUCACAGUCACCACAAGGCCUUUCGUGUCAUUCAUACUGUCUAAAGAGAAUUUGUGAGAUCAAGUCCAAGGUUAAUGAGCAGGUAAGCUGAUUGGUUUAAGUUGAUUGGUUUAAAAUGAACUUUACCCAUCAGAGCAACACAACCUUAUCAUUAUUGACUGCACCAUCGACUCUAUCUCUCUGCUCUUCUCCAAAGCUUCCUUUUUCUGCACAAUUAUCUCAACCACAUUGAGCUAGGAUCCUAUUGACAUCAUUGGGAUUAACAUAAUUAAAUGUUUGUAUUAGGCCUAAAAAUCACACUCUAAUUAUGAAAGGUUAAGUGAUUAGAUGAUGUUUAAUUUCUUUUAGAAUCACAGUUUAUUCAUGGAGACUAACAAAACAAAAGAAAAUCUAAAAAGUUAGUGCUUCUUUUUAACACAAGACUUAAAUAAUGACAUUUUUACACAUUAUUGUAAUGUUUCACAUUUGUGAAUUCAGUGGCCAGCCAGCCGUGCCUGAAUUCUCAAAUGGACCCAAAGGCAAAAUAGGUAGUCCUAAAAUAACAAAGCCCACUAUCUUGUGUCAUUAAGGCAAGACACUACAGUUAGAAAUGACCAGUUGGUCCAUUAGUCAAUCAUUACUUUUAUAUUGUAUCUGUUUAAAAAAAAAAUUAUUUAUUUACUUAUUGGAUUUUUAUUUUUGUACGUCAUUUGAAUAGGGUACCUGUUCUUUAUACUGUGUUCAAAGUUCAUGAUGGAUGGAGCAAUAGAAAUACUCAAUUACUUGGAAUAAAAUCAUUUUAUUUUCCUUAACUUAAUGUUAAGGAUUUGCCCUCCCUUCUCUCUUCUCUUGUACUGUAAUUAUAAACGUGUCAAAACUGAUUUUUUUUGUUAGGUUAUUGUUUGCUUAUUUUUGUUAUGAUGUUUGUUUAUUUGUGUAUUUCAGCUACUUUAGUUAACUUUAAUAAUGAUUUAGUUCCACCCAUGCUUGUCAUUCAUCGCUUAAAAAAAGCUUGUUUCCUGUAGAACCUACUAGAAUAUCCAAAAUAUGUCAAUUUCUUUUGUAAUAAUGACAGCAUUCCCUCUAAUGCUACAUGUUUUCUGAGACCUGCAGUUAGAUGGGGCAGUGUAAUGCUUUUUUGAAGUACCAUCAUUAGUUUUUCUGAAAAUCAGGUUGUCUUUACAUUCAGAACAAAUGAUCUCAGUUUCUAGACUACCUGUAUUGAAGAGAUUUUCCAUGUUCAGUGCUAACCCUAUUUUGAAGGGUAUAACUGGCUACAUUUAUGCUAGAUUAUGUAGCACAAAAUUACCUGAAAAGCAUUUUAUUGUAAAAGUACAUAGUGUUUUCUUGAUUAAACAAUAAAACAAUCUGAUACCAAGAA